AGUAGGAGAAGGAUUAGGAGUAGGACGGAAGUGAAGCUAACUUUCUGCGGAAGUCCAUAAAAGAAAACAAAGCCAUCUAUCUGUGCAAAUAGGGAGUCUGUUUCCGAUUUAAAACCGGUGAAGACCUCUCAAACGAUGGAGUUCCUGUUUGGGAAGAGGAAGACCCCAGAGGAGAUGCUGAGGCAGAACCAGAGGGCACUGAAUCGAGCCAUGAGAGAUCUGGACAGAGAGCGACAAAGACUGGAGCAGCAGGAGAAGAAAAUAAUAGCUGACAUUAAGAAAAUGGCCAAACAAGGACAAAUGGAUGCUGUCAAGAUCAUGGCGAAGGACUUGGUUCGCACAAGGCACUAUGUGAAGAAAUUUAUUAUGAUGAGGGCAAAUAUCCAGGCAGUCAGUCUGAAAAUCCAGACUCUCAAGUCAAACAACAGCAUGGCACAGGCAAUGAAAGGAGUCACCAAAGCCAUGGCUACCAUGAACAGACAGAUGAAGUUGCCACAGAUUCAGAAGAUCAUGAUGGAAUUUGAACGACAGAGUGAGAUCAUGGACAUGAAAGAGGAGAUGAUGAAUGAUGCCAUAGAUGAUGCCAUGGGUGAUGAGGAUGAUGAAGAAGAGAGUGAUGCUGUUGUGUCCCAAGUGUUGGACGAGCUGGGUCUCAAUCUCUCUGACGAACUCUCAAAUCUGCCAUCCACGGGAGGUAGCCUCUCAGUGGCAGGUGGGAAGAAAUCUGAACCCCAGCCAGCUCUGGCAGAUGCAGAUGCUGACCUGGAGGAGAGACUGAAUAACCUCAGGAGAGACUGACACAACAGCACUUUGGCUGCCUGGUGUUAAUACAGCUAGAUGUACUCAGCAACUUAGAUUUCUGUAUCUAUACUGAACAAAAACAUAAACGCAACGUGUAAAGUGUUAGUCCCAUGUUUCAUGAGCUAAAAUAAAAGAUCCCGGACAUUUUCCAUACGCACAAAAAGCUUAUUUCUCAAUUUUGUGCACAAAUUUGUUUACAUCCCUGUUAGUGUUCCUCCGUUGCGAAGAUAAUCUAUCCACCUGACAGAUGUGGCAUAUCAAGAAGCUUAUUAAACCAGCAUGAUCAUUACACAGGUGCACCUUGUGCUAGGGACAAUAAAAUGCCACUUUAAAAUGUGCAAUUUUGUCACACAAUACAAUGCGACAGAUGUCUCAAGAUUUGAGGUAGCAUGCAAUUGGCAUGCUGACUCUAGGAAUGUCCACCACAGCUGUUGCCAGAUCAUUUAAUGUUAAUUUCUCUACCCUAAGCUGCCUACAACGUUGUUUUCGAGAAUUUGGCAGUACAUCCAACCGGCCUCACAACUGCAAAUCGUGUAUGGUGUUGUGUGGGUGAGUGGUUUGCUGACGUCAACGUUGUGAACAGUGCCCCGUGGUGGGGUUAUGGGGCAGGCAUAAGCUACAGACAACAAAGGCAGUUGCAUUUUAUCGAUGGCAAUUUGAAUGCACAAAAAUACCAUGACGAGUUCGAGGCCCAUUUUUUUAAGGUCUCUGUGACCAACAGAUGCAUAUCUGUAAUCCCAGUCAUGUGAAAUCCAUAGAUUAGGAUCUAAUUUAUUUAUUUCAAUUGACUGAUUUCCUCAUAUGAACUGCAAAUCAGUCAAAUCAAUGAAAUUGUAGCAUGUUGCUUUUAUAUUUUUGUUCAGUAUAGAUUUCCUUGUGGAAGUGGUGGAUGAACACUGGAGGAUUUCAGUGAGAAGUCCAUGUUAUUACGGUAUAUGGCUUUUUGUUUGCAGGUAUUGUUAUCUUUUAUCAAUGACUGAUCAGAAUCAUUAUCCAUACACAAUUGUUCUAAAAAAAUUAACAUUCUCCUUUAAAGGGAAUAUUUUAAUUAAUUGAGUUUGAAUACACCCAAAGGCAUGUUAUUUUUGCUUCAUGGGUAAAUUGAACAUUAUUUAAAGGAACCCAAAGUUAGUGAAUUUAGACUAUUCUAAUAAAGUAAACCUUUUGUAUAUUUGAUGUACAAGCAUCACUACAUUUGUACAUUCUUACCUUUCAUAGGUGUGCCUAAGAGCAUCCACUACACAUUGUCAGAUAUUAACAUGAUUUCGUAAUGGUUUUACGGUUUGUGGUUUCUUGCUUGCUUUUGAUUUAUUUUGUAUAAUUAUAUUUGUGGGAGUUUGUAUAACCUAGGUUUAGAAUUAUUAAUGGGACUGCGGAAUGGAUUUUAAAAAACUAAAGUGUGGUAAAAUGUAUGUACAAUUUGGUUAAUUUUCCUCCAUGUCAAAUGUCCAAAAAAAGGGGCACUUACUCGAUGGUGCCUGAUAGAGCUGAAAUAGCCUUUUAUCCAUAAAAGUGUAGUCAUCAUGAGUUCCUGAUAACAUAAUAUUUAUCGAAAGGUUGAUUGAGGGUGUGGUUUAUAUUUGUAAGAAAUGUCCUACUUUGCCUUUAUUCAAUAAACAUUUUUCACAUGACA